GCUUGCAGUUCAAACAGGUAGGCUAUAUUCCCUUCUUCUGGUUGUUAUUGCCUGAUCCCCUUACAAGAUCCCUGCACUUUGAAGCAUCUGUGUCUUUGAUUCGUCUUUUAAGACCACAAUUAAGGAUAUAUGGGCUCCUGUGCUGUUCAAAGAAUCGUGGCAAGAUCAAUGAAGGGAUUGACAGUCAAGUGAUGUCGUUUGCACAGGUGUGUGUGGGUGCGUGUGUGUGUGUGUCAGCGCGUGUUUGUGUCUGUGCGGCGCUGUAAGCGUGCGACUGGGUUACUUAAAACAGGGGCAAUAAAUCAACAACCGAGUGAGAAAAUUACGCAAAUGGGGGCUUUCCUCUCUCUCCCGCCGCACCUGAGUCAUUUCGAAAUGGGGGCGUGGGGUUGUAAAGCGUUUAGGGUAAUGGCAAUAUCACUUUCAUGCUGUUUGACAUACACACGCUCUCUCUCUGUCCCUCUACGUCUAUUUUACACAAGUUGCUGCUGAGUUGCGCACUCCCCUGCGACACACACACAGUUCAAUCGGGAACUGACUGACUGCUGACGUGCCCACGAGCAAUACGACACUGCGCCUAUAUGAGCUUCAGUGAAGCCGUUGUGUUGCUGCAAGGGGGAGCAAGGGAAUAUAAGCCUGGCAGGCAAAUUUUUAUUAGUAGUUUUUAAUUUCCUCUCCAACUCCCUGCGCUCUCUGCACUGAAACUGAACAUCAAAGGUGAUGCAGGAGAACGAUGAGCAGAAGGAUGAAGGGGCGCCGUUUCAAACGGGAACAGAAAUAAGCCAUAAAGGGAGGAGAUCGGGGCGCAUUUGCAUAAAAAGGCAACUCGGGGUGAAUUUCCAUAGGGAGUAUUGCGUUAUAUAGAUGAGGAGUGCCGUGUACUGGUCUCACUGCGCUACACGCUGCUGCUGGAGGAGCUGAGAGAGCGGAGGGUACCGCAGAAAUAAAAGGCUGUAGUGAAUUGAGAGAGAGAGAGAGAGAGAGAGAGAGAAUAGGGGAAAACCCUGAAGUGCUCCGGAGCAAAGGGGAGUAUCCCGAGGUGAAGAGGAGAGAGAGGGAGCGGACAGAGCACAUGAGAGAGGGAUAAAUACCAGAAGAGCGCAGAAGAAGGGACACGGGCUGCUGCAACCGGGGAUACCUGCGUACAUCAAGGUAAUGCGGGAGUUAAAUCUCAGUUAGAUGACAAUCUAAUUAACGGUGCUGGUGACUGCGCCACAACGCGCACUCAUUGGGGAUUUUCUCAGCCCGAACGUCCAACUUUUCUUUUUCUCCGCUUCACGGGCUGACCUUCGCUCGCUGGCUCGUGCCGAGGCUCUCUGCUCAUCACUUGGACCUCGACUUGGAUCUCCUGUGCUGUAAACCGGAUCGGGUGUCUUUUCUGUGAUGGGGGCAGCGGCGGAGGUUGGGAGCUUCACCAACGGAUUUCUGGACAGCAUUGGCCCCGCGGGUGUCGCUCCGGCUCCCGUUGGCUCUCAUUUCGUUCUCACCCCAGCCGGGGCGGUGGACUACAACUCGGUAACCGGACUGAUGAUGGGGGGACAGGGGCAUCAGCAGGAGCGCCUGGUCUCCGCGGAGAGGCUGUCCCGGAGCCUGGCGGACCUCAGCCAUCUGAAGGGGAUUCUGAGGCGGCGGCAGCUCUACUGCAGGACCGGCUUCCACCUGGAGAUCCGUCCCGAUGGCACCGUGCAGGGUACCAGGAAGGACCACAGCAGAUUCGGUAUUUUGGAGUUCAUCAGUCUGGCUGUGGGACUGGUUAGCAUCAGAGGGGUGGACAGUGGCCUCUACCUCGCCAUGAACAGCAAGGGAGAACUGUAUGGAUCGGAGAAGCUGUCUGCAGAAUCCGUUUUUAGGGAGCAAUUUGAAGAAAACUGGUACAACACUUACUCAUCCAACAUCUACCGGCAUGGAGAAAAAGGAGCAUUUUACUUUGUUGCUCUGAACAAAGAUGGGACGUCCAGGGAUGGAACGAGGUCGAGGCGACAUCAGAGGUUCACUCACUUCCUACCGAGGCCUGUAGACCCGGAUAGAGUACCGGAGCUGUACAGGGACAUACUGGGCCAGAGCUGAGACUGAAGGGGUGUUACCAUGACCCUGUCAGAGCCAGUCUGAGCUGAAAAGCAACCCAAGUGCACCUAAUCCUCACCCCCUUGUGAGGGAGAUGGAAGAUCUUGUUGCUCUGGACAAAACAGGAUCAUAAAAAGUUCACCAAAUCAACACUCCCCACUGCUGGCAUGGAGGAAGGAAAGAGACCCUCUCUGAAGCAGACUAGCCGGGGAGUUUGAUUGAACAGCACUAGGGAUCUUCUGUGGAAGAUGUAAAGGCCCCAUGACAGACACAGAGGCUAACUGGGCCCCUAAUAUUACCCCUUCAUUGGCCUAUGCAGAUGCCCUGGUGGCCAAACAGAUAAGGAUUUCGUUUGAGUUUCCACUAAUUAAAUCCAACUACCUGCUAGUCCAAACUGCAUGUACAACAGGACAAAAGUGUGGAACUAAUUAACAACUGGCUGCUAGUAGCUUUUUACUGCUGUGGCUUGUGAGUCUUGUCAAUUCCACUGUUUUCAGUAGGCCUUUUAAUUUUAUUUAAAACACUACUGUGGCUGCUAAGUAAACAGUUUAUUGAAAAUGCAUAAUCAACCAUACAGUGUGGCUGGUUUACACAAAAAAAAGGUAGUUUCAUGCACUGGAAAGCAGCCAUGUCUGUUCUUGGAAACGGGUCUGAGAGCUGGGGAAUCACCCGUAUCGGACUGACUGUUGGGAUGGAUUCCCUUUGAAACUGCUCCAAAGACAGAUGCUGCUCAGAAAAUAUGACUUUUCUGCAUGUGGAACAAGAGAAGUACAAAUCCAAUGGAGUUUUAUAAGGACUUCUGUGGCGGAAUACUGCGUGUUUUGUUGGAACUCUACUAGAGGCUCAUUCUAGAACCCAGUGAAGACAUUCUGCUGUUCUCCCACCGACUGCAGUCAAGCAACAAGCACCGACAGAGAUACCUUUACAAACCUGUUGACAGAUUUUAUUUAUUUUUUGUUUCCUAGGACAUACAGUAUAUUUAUUUCAUAUAUUUAUUUAUUUUGAGAAUAUAUUUUUACAGGUAUGAGAUAAAAUAAAAAUAUUCAGAACAAGCCAUGAGAGGUUUUUCUUAUUGUGUCAUAGUAUACACUGCUGUUUUCCAUUCUCACAGUCUGAUUGAAGAAGUAUAUUCACAUCAGUUUUUCAGACUUUGUGUUCACAACGUUGUAAAAUUGUAAAACGGCCUUGCAUCAUAUGGGUCAGUGAUGAAGCAAGGUCUUCCCAGUCAAACACAGCACACCAUUGAGUGCGUUUAUAAUGUGGAUAUCUGAGCUGAUUUGGUUAACUUGACCUUGCUUGCUGACAAACUCCUAAAAUUGUCAGUUCUUCGAGGCUGGCCCAAUUUUGAUCUGGGGCUGUUGUUGGAACAACAAGUCCUUAACCUUAAAGAUGGUGUUCAAAAGACUUAACAAUACUUAAAGUGGAGAUUUAGUAUUGCACUUUGAUAAAGCUGGGGGACUUGCAAGAGGCAUAAAAAAGAGAAAGGUCCAAGUCGAUGCAGCAGAGAGAAAUAUUCUGACUUUUAGUCAAGCACCAAAAACACUGGAUCCUAAAAAGUAAUAAUAAUAAUUCCCAUAAUGCAACUAAAGUCCAUGAGUUUCAAACUCCACAACCUCAGUUUGUGUUGAAUAUUUGUAGUCUUCAAGUGAUGUCACUUUGGUAACUUUCUCAGACUUGACAAGGCUCCUGCAGAGCCACAGAAGACAUGAUGCAACUUUUUUUACACAGGCUGAGUGGUACUCCCCAAGACUAGUAAACUGACUUUGACAUGUAAUAUCACUGGAGUGCCCCUUUAAUAUACAGUACCUGUCCAUGUUGCAAACUAUACACAGCACAAACCUGCAGACUCUCCAUAUAAUGUUAUUGAGAAAUGGACAAUGGGAUUGUCCUACAUGUCCUGGCUGACAAUGCCCAUAACAUCUGUUAAAAAGAGAGCAUGUGAGACAAGCCAUUUAUCAUCUUGAUUGUACUUUAACAGAUCAAAGGCAACCAUUCGUUGAGUAGUAUUUCUAGCUGUCGCAUAUCCCAUGAUAUGCAGUGGCUGAUUCACAUGAAGCAGCAGCACAGACUUCACAGGCACAACUUAUACAACAACUAUGACUUUCCUUUUGCUCUUGCAGUGGCAAAGGGCAAUAUGCAGCAAUGCCACAAGAUUGUUUAGACAGGAUAUGAGCUGCUGUAGUUACCAUUAGCAAGCUGUUGGUUUUCUCCAUACUGAAAGAUUAGUGUUGCAAACGAUGUGCAGAUAUUAAUUUAUUAAACAAUAAAGAAUGGGUCCAUGUCUGUCCAAUUCUGCUGAGGAAUGUCUCAGUCCUAAAUGUAUGACAGCAUCAUGUAGUAGCUCAU